ACCCGUUUUAGGCCUAUCACCUUCCCCUACUACUCCAAUGGUUUCACUACCUUCUCCGCCACGACCCAUAACACCACCGCCUUCACCUGAAUACAACCGUUCUGGCUAUCGCGUUCUGGUGGCUUUUUGUCCUAAAGAGGCAGGGCCUGAUGCUAACAUUUUUAACUGUAUACAGAGUUACAAUCCCUCUAACAACACAUGGAGUCAUGUCAGCUUAAUUCCAGACCUACUCGAAAACCAUGUCUUGAAAGGUUUUGCUAUGGUUUCUCUAGGAGAGUCGAUUUACAUUAUUGGUGGGAGGUUAUGGAACAAAGGGAGGCCUCCAAAUUCAAGCGAAUCCGUUGAAUUUGUCGAUGUUGGUGCCGAAGUGUCACCUUUAGUAUUACGUUACAAUGUUCGAUUGGACCAAUGGUCCAAAUGUGCGCCAUUAGGCACACCACGAUACGAUUUUGCUUGUACUGUUUGUGACAAUAAAAUUUAUGUGGCAGGAGGGAAGUCCAAUUUGGCUAGUACUAGAGGAAUUUCAUCGGCUGAGGUGUAUGAUCCUGCUCUUGAUGAAUGGACCCAAUUGCCGAGCAUGAGCACUUUGAGAUACAAAGGUGUUGCGGUGACUUGGCAGGGGAAAAUCUACGUGGUGGGUGGUUUUGCAGAAAGAGGAGAUUCGGAUCUAAACAUGCUGACAUUUUCUCCACAGCGUAGCUCUGCUGAGGUGUUCGACACACGAGCAGGAAGAUGGGACCUCGUGGCAGGGAUGUGGCAGCUGGAUGUACCACCAAAUCAAAUCGUUGCAGUGGAUGACAAGUUGUUUAGCUCUGGGGACUGCCUCAAGACCUGGAAAGGUCACAUUGAGUUCUAUGAUGGAAAACUGAACAUGUGGGAUGAAGUGGAUGGAUCUCGUUUCCAAACUCUUAAUCCACCACUCUCCACAAUAGGUGCCAAUAAUGAAAAUUGGCCUCCAAUGGAACGGCUUUACUUAACAAUGGCACCAAUUGGAACCCAUUUAUAUUUCUUGGCGGGGUAUCGGAUGGCAGGUGAAUCAUCCCGAACACUUUCAGUGGUCUUUAUAUUUGAUACAUCAGCAACGGUUGAUGCGUGGAAGAUCUUAGAACCAAAGGAGGAAGAAGGUGUAAAAGAGCUAUGCAGUCAUUGUUGUGUCGUUCAACUCCCGUAAGCAGUCCAACCAUCGCAAAGAUCUUACUUUGGUUAGGUUGGUUAUACUGCA